AUGACCCCCUCCCUCCGCCGCCUCACGCGCGAACAAGCGGACCUCCUCAAAAACCCCGACCCAACCUUCCACGCCGCGCCCAUCAGCGCCUCCAACCUAUACGACUGGCACUUCACGUUGCAGGGCCCGCCGGCGCCCUCCCCAUACAGCGAGGGGAUCUACCACGGCCGGAUCGUGCUCCCCCCGACGUACCCGCUGCGCCCGCCCUCCUUCCGGUUCCUGACCCCCUCCGGCCGCUUCGAGGUCAACCGCGAGAUCUGUCUCAGUAUCUCGGGCCACCAUGAGGAGACGUGGCAGCCGGCGUGGGGGAUCCGGACGGCGUUGAUCGCCCUCCGGAGCUUUAUGGAUGGGGAUGCCAGGGGCCAGGUGGGCGGGUUGGAUGUGGGGGAGGAGGUGCGGAGGAGGUAUGCGGUUGCGUCGAGGGGGUGGAGGUGUGAGGGGUGUAAGGGGCAGAUCUUUGGGGAGGAUGAGGAGGGGGAUGAGGAGGGGGCUGGUGGGCAGGCGGGGAGGACGAAUUUGGAGGUUUUGGAGGCGUGGUGGGGGUUUUGUCGGGAGAGGGGGGUGGAUGUUUCUGGGUUUGGUGGUAGGAAGGCGGUUGAGGGGGAGGGGAAGGGAGAGGAGGGUGAAGGCGACAAUGCGGAUCUGGAAAAGAAGACGGAGGAGCAGGAGCAGGAGGUGGGGAAGGGAGAUCAGGAACUUGAACCUCCGACGAUAGGGUCUUUAAAGUCUGAUACCGGGGUUUCUGGAAGAGAGGAUGCACAGACGCAUAGUACUACCUCGACAACAACAGCUGCUGCUGCAUCAACACCACCAUCAACAACACAAUUACCAGCUGUGCAGCAACAACCAGACCAAACACCUCAGCAGCGCCAGAUACUGCUCCAGUCUCAACCUCAACCUCAACCUCAACCUCAACCCCAACACCAACAGCAGCAGCAAAUAUCCCCCGAUACCCCCUGGCUCGACCGGGCCAUCUUCGGCGUGAUCGUCGCCCUGGUGGUCAUGAUCCUCCGGCGCAUCGCCAGAGACGAAUAA